UCCAAAAUAAAAGCAGCAGGGUUUCUAGAAGGAAGCACGCGCCCGGCAUCUUCUAGCGCUUAUUCCGCUUUGCCGGCAGAUAUGCUAUGGAGGACAUCUGGGAGAAGAGCUGGAGGGAAGAGCAGGGACCCCGACUGGUUUUAAGGACGGGACGUGGUCCGGAGCGGGAGGCGGCAGCGGACGUCAGCCACGCCACGGACAUCGCUGGCAAAGGGGUUUUCUUAGAGGCAGGACCAAGGAGAAAUGACUUCCCGAAGGCCAACGCUUCCGAAUUGCCGGCUCUUUGCAUCCUGGCACGGUCCCAGUGUCGGGCCAGCAGAAGGCAAGAGCCCACCAAAACACAGGGAGGUGCAGAAAGCUGCAAACCCCGGGUGCUUUGGGGUUCUUCCUCUGCUCCCCAGGGCUCCCCAGGGAGCCAUCGGACGGACAGCCGGGACGGCUGCUCGCCAGCCCCCGCGCCCUGGCAAAGCCGAGCGCAGCGGGAUGGGAUGCGUCAGGGUUAUUUUUCUCCCUCGACUCAAGCACCUAUUUUGCAAAUGACCCAUUUCCUUCAUUUACUCCCAAUUACACUUCAAUUGGUUCAAACACGCUGUGACAAGGCUGUGACAAGGCUCCUCCGGAGAACGGCUGGCACGAGCAGCUGCCAGAACAAAGAGCGGGUCAGGGGAAGCAAACGCGAGGGCUGGGGACGGGGAGGGUGGGGGGACGGGGAGGACCCGGCACCCACCUCCUCCGCACCACCUCCAGCUCCGGAGGGGUCCGAUGCCAGGGAGCAGCCGUUGGGCUUCGUGCCCUUGAGGCUUCGAGAACCCGUUUGUGGCUCUGCAGGCUGGGGCGGGGGGGGGCUCCGGACCGAGAGCCAACACCCGCAGGGACAGCCGGGACAGGCAGGAUCGCUCGGGAGAUGCCGAGCCCGGAGCCGCGUGGGCUGGCGGAGUCGGGUUCCUGGAGGACGGUCGCGACGGGAGCCGUGUCCCGACGGAACCAAGAAGCGCAGUCGGCAGCUCCCAGCUCACGCCCGCGCGCGCCGGGUCAGGAGCGACACCCGCCCCGGCGCAGCCAGCCCGGCCGCAUCCUUCACGGCAUCCAGUCUUGGAGCAGCUCCCAGUGGGACACUGCCGAAAAAGAUAAAAGGAAGGACUCUAAAAAUAAAAUAAAAACAGCCCAGUGC